AUGUGGGAAAACUUGGUUGCCCAAGGAGGAACGAACCUCAUGUGCCCAUUAAAUCAGGCAAUUGACAUGGUUGGUAAAACUGGUGAAUCCAUUCCUCUCAUUUUCCUCAUUACUGAUGGCACCGUUGAAAAUGAAAGAGAUAUUUUUAAUAUGGUCAAAUGUAGUCUUGUAGACGGAAGCAUGAGUUCUCCCCGAAUAUAUACAUUUGGCAUAGGUUCAUACUGCAAUCAUCAUUUCUUGGAAAUGCUUGCACAUAUCGGAAGGGGAUACUAUGAUGCUGCAUAUGAAACAGGUUCAAUUGAUGAUCGUUUUCAACGACUGUUGGAAAAUGCUUUGUCGCCUAUGCUUAUUAAUUUAACUCUUGAUGCUCUGGAGAAGCUCAAAUCAUAUGAGUUGUACCCAUCUCGUAUUCCGGAUUUGGUGUAUGGGCGCCCAUUAAUUGUAUCAGGUCGAUUCCAUGGGAAAUUUCCUGAAUGUGUGAAAGUUAGUGGUAUAAUAGGGGAUCAAAGUAGUUAUGUGAUCGAUAUCAAAGUGAGAAAGAGAUGCGACAUUAACUUGGAGAUGAUAUGUGCUAAGAGGGAGGUGGAUUUACUCACGGCACGAGCAUGGUUAGACCAAAACAUACAUUUGGAGGAAAAGGUUGCAAAAAUGAGCUUACAAAGAGGAAUUCCUUCUGAAUAUACCUGCAUGAUUGUAGCUCAUAAUGAUAAAAUAAAGUCAUUUGUCAAAUCAUUUUUAGGAGAUGAGAAGAGUUCAAAAUCAAUGAAUCAGAAGGCGAUAUACAUGAGGCAGAUAAGUGUUGGAUUUGGCAACUUGAAGGCCACUGCUACAAAUCUACCUCCAGGAAUCGAAAAUGAAAAAUUAACCCGUGCUGCAACAAUAGUGAUGAAUGCUGCAUCAUCGUUUUAUGGGGUUGUGGCUAGUUCGGGUUGUUGGAGAUGCUUAUCUGAACUCAAAAACUCGCAAUGUUUUCUUGCUAUCGCUCAACUCUGCACUGCUUUUGCUUGUCUUGAAUUUCUUGAUUGUUGUUGUGAUUUGUGUGACUCGUGCAUGGAUUUGUGCCAGUAA